GACGCCAGAACGCCUGGCCGUAUCGACAGGCGCCCAGUCCCGCGCAAGCGUACUGGAACAAAAACGCUGGAGACACACGCAUGCGCCACCCUGUUCCGAUAUUUUGCCCGAGUCGUCUUGCGACACUUGAUUCCUUUUCUCGCUGUGUCGCAUAAUUGGUCGCCCAGUCAAUACUGACAUUGCACGGCCGGUGCUCGACGGUCGUCGCCUCAAUACGAUUAUUUAUAUUCGAACACGAUAACGUUUCCCGGCGCUAAGUGUCCGAAACAAUUCCGUGAUAUGGCUUUAUUUUGUGACAGAGUGCAUCGUUAGUAGUGAUCUGUGUGAUGCUGUUUGUGUAAGUGAAACAUGGAUGUGGCAAAGGAAAAGACAGGCUUCCAGGAUGACUUUGGGGAUGACGACUGCAAUUCACGUCGCUGCAUGCUAGAUGAUCUGCAGCUAGCGGCGGAACUCGGAAAGACACUCUUGGAAAGGAACAAGGAAUUGGAAACAGCACUGCGUCAACACCAAAAUGUUAUCGAAGAUCAGACACAAGAAAUCGAAUACUUAACGAAACAAACUGCGGCACUGCGAGAAGUGAACGAUUCAAGACUGAGAAUCUACGAGCAACUUGAAGUGAGCAUCCAAGACUUGGAGCGCGCAAAUCACAGGCUAGCUGUAGACCAUGCCGCCGACAAGAAACACAUCAAGACCUUAUGCGGCACCAUCGAAACGUUGGAGAACAAGUGUGAAGAAUUUCAAAAGACUGUGGAUGACUUGAACGCCCAAUUAGAGAUCGUUAGGCGGCGAGCAGAGCGAAAACCUGAAAAUGAUAAACCCAAAGAAAACGAUAUAAAGACUACGGAAUCCGUAGCUCUCAACACCAAGAAUGUUAUCGUCACACCACAGAAGUCGCUAGCACCUCUCCCAGAACUGACGAAAGAGGAUGAGGACUUACUCAGACUAAGCGAUGAGUUGCGAGAGAACAAAGUAGCUUUUGCGCAAGAACAAAGAAGGGUUACAGAGCUCGAAGAACAACUGGCGUCAGUGAUACAAGAGAACAAUAGACUGCAAGAACAGCUGAGAAAUUGGCAUCAAAGAGAUGAUGAACCAAAAUCCAUGCACGAAGAAUUCUCAAUCCUUGAAGAAGUCAGACAAGGACAACUAUGCGUCAGAUGUCUAAGAGGUAUGGAACGAGACGAUAUGUCUUCGAUACUGGACGGGGACGACGACGAUAGGAGCGCCAUCAGUUCUCUCAUCCUCACCCCCGGGCAGCAGAGCCCUAGAGACGACCACGUCACCAGCAAACUUGUCAAAUUUGACAAUGCGAAGGCGAAACUACUACAAGGUAUUUGGGCCAACAAAGAAGAUGGCCACGAAAACCCAUACAGAGAGCUGGUGCAGAAAUAUGAAGCUUUACUCGAGGUUCAACUGUCGCAGGGAAAGAAUAUCAGGAAGAAUAAGCCCAUAUUGUUGCCUAGCACACAAACACAAUCCGGACCAAUUUCGCUGCAAGAUGAACUGCAGACGUCGGGCGAUUACAGUCAAUUUAAUGUCAAAGAUACAGAUGAAGAAAGCGGACACGGCGAGGAAGCCCAAAAAGAAAACAAUCAACAAAAGAAAGUAGAACCAACGUCUCGUAAGAAAAUUAUCCAGACUCCGGACUUUUCUGAAGCUGAAACAUCCAGCUCGGGCUUUUCAGAUGAAACUAGCAAUAAAGCUACGCAGACAGAACGCGAGAGACCCGGCUCUUUCCUUUGUACGAUUGCAGACGGGGAAGACUAUCGUUUUAGCAUCUACGACGAUGUUAGCCCAAUGGAUAGUCGUUUCCGCAACAGACCAGAGUAUCGUGAACUGUUCAAGGAAAUAUUCACUAUACUAAAGAAAGCAGCCGAGAACAAAGAUGAUGGAGAACAGCUUCCACUUCUUGACGAUACGACCACGGGAAAAGUACCACCAGUGACCCCCGCCACGGAGGAACCUCCUGGCAACUUUACUGAUGAUACUCAGAGCGUAUUGUCGUCUGUGAUGUCGGAACAGUCGAUUCCAGUAUCUGAUAUUACAACUCCGGAAUCAGCUGCGUCGAAAGAAAAGGAGCAGUUGAAUUCCGAAACCGUGAGUAAACCUGUAAAUAAUGAAAUAAAACAGAAAAAUAUCAAAGAGAACAAACCACUGGUUGAGAGCACCUCUGAGAAACCAAAAGAAACUAUCAAAGAAGAAGAACGAAACAACGAAAAGGAUAAAGAAAAAGAACGAGUGCUAACACCACUGGUGCGCCAGCCACUGGAAUACAUUGCAGCUACUAGAAAGAAGUCCAGACAUCGCAACCGCAAGCACAGCCAAGAUCGUCAAGGAGCCGACUCACCUGUGUUUCCAUCACCGCCUAAAAUUACCUACCAGAAAUCGUCAAACAAAAAGAGACGAGACUAUAGGCCAAUCGAAAUAAGUCCUCUUGUGAAAACAUCUGAAGCCGAAUGGAACGGAUCCACACUUCAGUUUUACAACAGGAACAUAAACUCUCCAACCCCCAGUGUUAGCGGCCGGACGGGAAAGAUUUAUCAAGGCUACAAUUCAGAAACAGACUCAUGGGAUAUUAAACAGAGCACUGCAUCCCAAGAAAUACAUAAAUUAAGAAAACUAGAACUGUCAUACGCCGAAGUGCUGAGAAACGCCGACAAAACUAAAAAUAGGCGCAAGAAACAUCAAUAAGUAAGUUAUUUUAAAAUUUUAUCGAUGGACCCCCUCUCACUGGAUAGUGAGAGUCGAGUGAUCAACCGCCAUUUGUCUUUGCCAACUGGACAGAUUUAGUUUAAGAUAUUUUGUGAUCUGCUAGCGUUACUUUUAAUUUGUACCACAAACCAUUAUUGGUUGCCAUAUAUUAUGUUCUUUUAUAGAUCAUUGUAUCCUAUAUUUAUCGAUAUAUAAAACAUUAUUACAUCAAAAAUAGUCCAUUAAAUAAUAAUUUAUUAAAAUACCUAUAUUUGAAUAAAAAUAUUUUACCCUCCGAUAUAACAAAAUAGAGUAACGUACUUAAAAAAUAUGCAUUUAAAAAAUCAUGAAAGUAUGUAUAACGGCUUGACAUGCGAAUCGUUAAAAUAUUAAUUUGUUGCAUUUGAAAUUUUAUUACUUGAUAUUUUCAACAGAAUGAGUUUUAUCCUUUAACUUGUUUCCGUUAUUACUUCAGUCACUAUUUUAAUUGUAUAUUCUGUAUUUGUAUUAUGAAUUUAUUUGUAAAUAUUCAUUUAAGUUAAUUUUAUACUUUAAUUAUUUGCCAUGGUAUCUGCGAGUACUAUAAUUCUUUGUGGAAUUGUAUGCUGGAAUUUUAUUUAAUGAGAUUGAAGAGGUUGAAGGUAAGGUAUGAAAUAAAAAUUUGCAUUAAAUAUUA